GCUUGUGCUGCGCCGGCCAUAUUUCGUUUCUCGUUUCUGGCUUUUCACCCGUUCGAAGAGUGGUUUGUGUGGAGUCGACCAGAGAUGGACCUGCCCUAACUGUCGUCGGUAUCGGUUUUCGGCAGUCAGGAGGGUGAUGAGGGGGCUAGGGCUUCGGAACUUCAGGUACCGAUCCUCACACUUGUGAGAGAGCCGGCCAACUCAGCCACAGAAACUUGCUCCCAAGUUGGUCUUGUGCCUGGUGUGAGCCACAAUUUCGCGCUUUUGCACGGAUUCCUUUCGCACAGAUUCAUUUCGUCUGCCUUGUUUGGGUUGGGGUUCAGCUGUUCCUUCCAUUUUCCCAAGAACAUCGCCCCUAUUACACUAAUGGCUUUUCUACCUUGUCUUACGCGCACACCCAAUACACUCUUGGGACGGCAACUGUUGAGGGAAAGGGGGGAGGAAAUGGAGGAAAUGGAGGGGACCAAGAUUGUAUUUUCAUUGAAAAGGAUAUGGUGGAUCAGACAGCAAUAACAGGAACCCGCGGAAACCGAAAUGUUUGCGGGGGUUUUUUGCCUCAACCUUCCAUCCUUUUUUGUUUUCUUUUCUUUUUCCCGUCUUAUCCCAGUCGUUCUCCAAGUUACACGUACAACUCCAGAUUAUGUGGGCAAGUGAAUUGUCACUUCUCGCUCGACACUGGACGCCCGGCCGAGAUCUAACCCCCUCUUUUGAGAAACGGAAUUACCACUUGUAGCGAAUCCGGAACCUUGCUUUCUGGGGAGGGAGGACGCGAGAGAAGGGGUGUAAGCAGGGUGAAGAGAGGCCGGGAAAAUGGUGGGAAAGAAGGGAAGGGAAAAUAUUAUGGGGUGUGAAGGAGGAGGAGGUUGUAUCUGUGCACUCGCUCAUUUCAUCUUUAGAACUAAUUUUUUUGGGCUAUUUCCCAGUCUUCUGCGUUCUGUGUGUGUACCUGAGGUUUUUUUAUCGUGUCAUUUUGUGUUUCUCCAGACAUACUCUAUCCACGGAGACUAGGCCAUUCUCCACUACUGAAAUUACCCUUCCGUGGUCUGGUGGGUAUCUACGACAUCUCCGACAUUGCCCCAGCAGUUGGGAGACUGAAGUAAUACUCGGUUUCGAGGCUAGGGGAGUUUCGCAAUACCUAGCAUGUCUAAUUCGGCAAAACUUGAUUCGAGAAAAGAAGUGGGAGAGAAAACAGAGAGUAAGAAUUCCGAUCUCACCAUCGGUAUUCUUGAGGAUAAACCUGGCGCGAAUAAUGGGGGUUUCGAUACGGAGGUGGCGCCGGGGCAGGAACAUGAAACUCACAUAUCUUUUCAUGGAGUUCAUGCAAUCGAUGUGGCCGUCCAGAACUUGACCAUUGCUGUUAGCCAACACAAAGUCAUGGGCUGGCUGGGAGGGUUGUUGUCCAAAAAGGAUGCUAACGACGAGGAGGCCGGAAAUGUAGAGGAAAUCAAGAUCCUCGAUAAUGUAUCUGCCGACAUGCCUGCAGGAGAACUCGUCGCCAUUAUUGGGGGUAGUGGAAGUGGUAAGACCUCCAUGUUGAACGUUAUGUCGGGCCGUAUGACUGGUAGCAAUUUACACAUUACUGGCGCGACGACAUUCAACAAUUCGAAUCCCCGAUAUGCCUACGUUAUGCAGCAAGACGUUUUGCUCCCGACUUUAACUGUGCGCGAGACUCUGAUGUAUUCGGCCGAACUUCGUCUGCCAGAAGGCUUCACUCGAGAGGAGUAUACUAAAAUCGUGGAGGAGGUGAUUCUAGAGCUGGGAUUGAAGGAAUGCGCAGAUACUAGAGUAGGUGAUAAUGAACAUAAGGGGUGCUCGGGAGGAGAAAAACGACGAGUUUCUAUUGGUGUACAACUACUUUCCAAUCCUAGUGUGUUGUUUCUCGAUGAACCUACUACCGGUCUGGAUGCAACAAGUGCCUACCAGGUAGUUCGUACACUGAAGAAUCUUGCGAGAAAGGGGAGGACUGUCAUCACUACCAUACAUCAACCUCGCUCGGAGAUAUGGGGCUUGUUUGAUAGGAUUACGUUACUGACGAAGGGAAAACCUAUGUACAGUGGAAAAAAAGAUCAGGUGCUUUCUUACUUUGCUUCCCUUGGCUAUCACAUUCCCGAGCACGUUAAUCCCGCCGAUUUCCUCAUCGAUUUGUCCGCCAUAGACUACAGAACACCAGAUGUGGAGGAAGCUACCAUCGUCAGAGUUAGGGGUCUUGUUGACAGCUGGCGGGAGAGGGAAGACAAUGUGCUGAGUAGUGAAAAUGCCGCUGCCGUCGGGAAGCACCGGAAGGACAGGGGGGGCGAGUUAGCUGGUAAUACUGCUGUAUCUUUCGUUGUAAACACACCUUCCCUCUCUAGACAGAUAUCGGUUCUUGCCCGGCGUUCUCUCAAGACCACCUACCGUGAUCCGUUAGGCAUUGCAGGGACCCUCGGGGAAGCUAUCAGCAUGGGCGUUGUGGCCGGGUGGAUAUUUUAUCAAAUUGAUCGCUCGCUUUCCGGCAUCAGGUCUCGCCAGGGAGCUCUCUAUAUCGCCGCGUCACUCCAGAGCUACCUUAUUCUUCUCUUCGAAACAUAUCGUCUUUCUGAAAUCGAUGUCAAGCUUUUUGAUCGUGAGCGGGGUGAAGGGGUUGUAGGUGUACUCAGUUUCCUUACGAGCCGCCGAAUCUCUAGGCUUCCUGAAGACAUCUCGGUGCCAUUUUUCUUCUCGGUCAUCUUUUAUUUCAUGUGUGGGUUUGAUUCUGAUGCCGGACAAUUCUUUAACUUCUUUGCAGUCCUAUUGCUCGCGCAAUAUCUGGCUGUUACGCUGGCUACUGUUUGUGUUGGAAUCAGCCGGGACCUUUCGCAGUCAAUCCUCGUUGCUAAUCUGUCAUUCACUGUGCAGAGCAUGGCAUGUGGGUACUUUGUUCAGGCUGCAACUAUACCUGUGUACGUUAGGUGGACAAAGUACAUUGCUUACACCUGGUAUUCAUUUGGCGCACUUGUUUCAAAUGAAUUCACGGACAAAUUUUUUGCUUGCCCACUCCCGGAUGCAUCCCCUCAAAAUCCUGCGUGUUUGGAGUAUGUCGGGAAUUUUGUCCUCGAAUCCUUGGAUUUCCAAAGAGACUGGGUCAGGAUGCCGGUGAUGAUAAACGUUUGCUGGGUGCUCCUUUUCUAUCUCGUUGCGGGAUUGUUUUUCAAGUUUAAGCCGAUGGAUAUUACGGUUUCUGGAGCAAGGCCGCGGGAGGAGAAGGACACGAGUGUGGGGAAGGAGAAGAUGGCAGCUACUAGCGAUGGGGCGAGCGAUACUCGGGAUAUAGAAGUUGUUCUUGAUAAUAUUCGACUGAGAGUUGAGAAACCGGAUAUCAAGAUCAUUGGGAAAAAGGGCUUGGAUGUGCAGAUACUAAAGGGUGUUAGCACUCGCUUCGAACCUGGCAAAUUGAACGUAGUAAUGGGUCCCUCUGGGAGCGGCAAGAGUUCACUACUUAAUCUCAUGGCACGCCGGCUUCAUAGCUCUGUUUCAACCCGUUAUAAGUCCUCCGGGAAAAUGUUUUUCAAUGGUGCCUUGCCAUCGGACACGGUGAUCAAAUCACUUUGCUCCUAUGUCACCCAGGAUGACGAUGCGCUAUUACCGUAUUUGACAGUGCGGGAGACACUUUAUUACGCAGUUCAGCUCCGACUCCCGACUUCGAUGAGCAAAUCCGAAAAGAAACGACGAGCGGAUGAUGUGAUUUUGAAGAUGGGGUUGAAGGAUUGUGCAGAUAAUCUCAUUGGGAGCGAGUUUCUGAAGGGAAUAUCUGGCGGCGAGAAGAGAAGGGUUACGAUUGCUGUGCAGAUCUUGAUGGAACCCAGGAUUUUACUGCUGGAUGAGCCGACUUCGGGUCUGGACGCCUUUACCGCGGCAUCGAUAUUGGGUGUUCUAAAAGGGUUGGCUGAGGAAGGGCGAACCAUCAUCUCGACAGUUCACCAGAGUCGUUCGGAUCUGUUCAAGGAAUUCGGCAACGUGGUAUUGCUUGCCCGUGGUGGGCAUGUUGUGUACUCCGGCCGUGCCAAUCAAAUGCUUCCUUACUUCUCAUCGCUAUCUCACGAAUGCCCUUCCACAACAAACCCUGCUGAUUUUGCAUUGGAUCUUGUCACCAUUGAUCUUCAACAGCCUGACCGUGAAGCUGCUACCCGAGUGGUGGUUGAAAGGCUGAUUGGUAGGUUCGAUCACCAGGAAGCACUCGAUUCUGGGGAAUUGGCGAGAGAGAUUGCGUUGCCCGCUGAGCUGGGAAGCAUGAAGAGAGAGAGGGCGCCGUUCGUGGUCGCUUACCCUGUAUUGCCGAUGUUGGUGAUUGGCAGAAUGAUGCAAGUCGUGGGGAUGGGUAUCGUUGUUGCAUUAUAUUUUGCUCCCUUGAAGAACGAUUACUUUAGUGUCCAGAACAGAGUUGGUUUCAUACAGCAGAUCCUGCCUUUGUACUUUAUUGGAAUGCUGCAAAAUGUCGCUCUCUAUCCCCUUGAACGAGAUGUCUUUUACAAAGAACACGAUGACAGAACUUAUGGCGUGACAGCCUUCUUCCUAGCUUACCUGACGAACGAACUCCCCUUUUCAAUUCUAACAGCCCAUAUCUUCUCCCUCCUCGCCGUAUUUGUUGCCGGCCUCCCACGCACAAUCACAAUGUACUACGUAAUGACCUACUACACCCUCUGUGUGGUCUCCUGCGGCGAGUCACUGGGAAUCUUCUUCAACACCCUCUUCCGCCACACAGGCUUCAGCGUCAACGUGACAAGCACAGUCCUGUGCAUAGCGAUCUUCAUGAGCGGAAUAAUGAGCAUCGACGUCCCAGCGCCUCUAGAAGCGUUCAACUACCUCAGUCCACUAAGGUAUGCCGUCCGCAGCCUAACACCUUACUCCCUCGAUGGCGUCACCUUCACGUGUACGCCAUCCCAACGCCUGCCUGGCGGUAAUUGCCCGAUCGAGACCGGCAAGCAGGUAUUACAACUGUAUGGUCUCGACGAGGAUCCGAAAUGGAACCUCGUCGCAUUGGCGGUGGUCACGGUUGUGUACAGGGUUAUGGCAUUUGCUAUGCUAAAGCUGCAGAGAAUGCAGUUGGGCAUUGGGAAGCUGGAGGACUUGUGAUGCUAUCGGUGUAUUUGGCAAUACGGGGUAUGGAACGUUAUGGAAAGGAGUUGCUUUUUCUUCUCCGGGAUUUGCUUAUUGCUCUUGUAUCCUGGGCGUGUAAGUUAUAUGUGGUACAGCAAUUUACCCUAGUUUGUUCGCUUGUUCCUAGUGAAUCUAGUACGAGUCCAUUUUUUUGUCAUGUUUUGUUUCUAUUUACCUUUCUUGCUUUUACGCCUUCCAUGUGGCCACGAUAGUUCUGUUCAGUUGCGUAAACUAAAUUCAGCGUCCAAGUCGACUCUUAUAGACGGUAUCAUAUCAGA